GAGGCGGCGGCUGGUCAACCUCACUCUUGUCUCUGCCAGCCGUCGCUCCACGCUGCUCGCUCCUCCGCAGCUCCUCCGCAAACAGACCCGCCUCGGCUUGGACACGUUCCAGAGAACCACACAACAAGAUGCCGUCCCAGUUAGAACACGCCAUGGAGCAAAUCAUGUUCACGUUUCACAAAUUUGCUGGCGAGAAAAACUACCUGAAUAAAGAAGACCUCCGGCAGCUGAUGGAGAAGGAGGUGCCGGGUUAUAUGGAGAACCAGAAGGAUCCGAUGGCCAUCGACCGGAUCAUGAAGAACGUGGAAGAAUGCCGAGAUGGCAAAAUUGGCUUUGAGGGCUACCUCUCCCUGAUCGCCGGGCUCACCAACGGCUGCAACGAGUAUUAUGUGAAGAAGAUGAAGCCGAUAGGAAAGAAAUAUUGAAGAAGUAUUGGCCGAUUAAUCCACCCUACCUAGCAACUUUUCAAGAACCCAUUCUUUCUGCUUAAAAGUGCCACAUCCUGUCUCAGA